AAACUACUCACCAGAAGAAGCACCUCAUAACAAAAACAAAUGUUCUUUGAGUUUGCCAGUACCAAUCAUAACCAUGUUAGCUAGCUCCACCUUUUUUUUAAUAAAUUAACACCUUUAAGCAUAAACCAAUCUGACAUAAAAUUUCUCAUACAAAUUCCUACAUUAUAUAUAUUAUACUGGCCAAAACCCACCAAAAAACCCUGUUACCCUAAUUCCAAAUUUAAUAGAUUUUUCAAAGAAAUGGGUACAACGGAAAGAACAAAGAAGAGGGUCCAAUUAUGGAAGAAAGCUGCCGUCCAUUUUGCUUUGUGUUUUGUUAUGGGGUUCUUCUCAGGUUUUGCCCCAACGGAUAAGGCUUCGCUUUUCGCUAGAACCGAUGCCGUGGUUUCCUCCAAUAAAUCACUGGACUUUCCGCCGCAGUCAGUAGAACCGCCGCAAGAAAUAGCACCGGAUGUUAUUAAUAGAAGUUUGAUAGCUGCAGAGACACCAAAUGUGUCAAUAGCAGCAGCAGCAGAACCUGCAAGGCAUAAAGAGAGCUCCGAAAACUCGAGGUUCACACAAGAAGAAGAAGCAGAGGAAAAGAAAGAACCCGAGGUGACUCCGAGAAGGUUCAUAAUCAUAGUCACUGCAACAGCAACGAGCACGAAAGACAUUAAGUUUAAAAGUGUGUUUUUGAGAAGACUAGCCAAUACUAUAAGGUUGGUUCCUCAGCCGUUGCUUUGGAUCGUGGUGGCGCCGAAAACGGAGUCGAAUGAAGUGUCUGAAGUGCUGAGGGGAACGGGGAUUAUGUACAGGCAUUUGGUUUCGAGAAUGAAUUUCACAGACGCAGAAGCUGAAAGGGAUCGCCAGAGGAACAUUGCUCUUAAGCACAUUGAGAAGCACAGGAUUAGUGGGAUUGUCCACUUUGCAGGGCUUUCUAAUGUUUACGAUCUUGGCUUCUUCGACCGACUCAGAGAAAUUGAGGUUUUUGGGACAUGGCCAAUGGCUAUACUUGCAGCAAACAGAAAGAAGGUGAUCAUUGAAGGACCUGUAUGUGAUUCUUCACAAGUCAUAGGAUGGCAUUUGAAGCAAAUGAACAAUGAAACAGAGACUAGGCCUCCCAUUCAUAUCUCAAGUUUUGCUUUCAAUAGUUCAAUUCUUUGGGAUCCCGAGAGAUGGGGUCGCACUUCAUCUCUUCAAAGCUCCUAUCAGAAUUCAAUCAAAUUUGUAAAGGAAGUGGUUCUUGAAGACGAAACAAAACUAAAGGGAAUCCCACCAGAAGAAUGCUCCAAGAUCAUGCUUUGGUGUCUUCGUCUUCAUGCUGCAGGAGGAGCCACUGCACCACACCAAAUCAAUCAAUGAAAAAUGGAAAAUUAAUUCGUUGCCAAAAUAAUUACGUACCAAAUAGAGAUAUUACUCGAUCAUUUUGUUUUAUUUUCUUUUAUCAUGCAUGUAAUUCUUUAUAAUUUUAUUUGUUCUCUCUUUAUUGUUUUUUCCCUAAAUUUUUGUAGUAGAUUUUACUCCCCCAGUAUACUUAAUUCAAUAGCUUAAAUCUUUGAAGGAUCCC